AUGCUGCAGAAGACCAGAGGUGUUAACUCCUGGAACACAUUUGUCAAAGCCCAACUCAAGGCUGAAAAUGAAGGCUUAGGCAGAGGCGAUCACACAAAACUUACGGCCUUCAUUGCAGAAAAUAAGGCCACAUUAGUCCGAGAUUAUCGCAAGCUAACCUUCGCUGAAAAGCAAGCUUACAAUGCUUGUGUUCUCGAGGAUCACCAAGCAAAGAACCAUACUGCACGUGUGAACCCAAAGGCCAUCAAACAUGAUGUGAAUGCAGCAUUCACGUUCAUGGAUCAUGAGGUAUGUUGUGCUAUUUUGAUUAUCCCUUCACUUCUCUCGCCACCAGUGUGGCAUCUCUCACACACUAAUAUAACUGAAAUUUAUUCUCAGUGGAUGGCUCUUCAUGCACGCACUGGUCUGGAGGGGUUUUAUGUGGCAGUAUGUGGCAGAAUUGAGGAUCUUGCAGAACCGAAGGUAUUUUUUACAGAGAAAUCUCAAAAGUUUGUUCUGGAUCUGGAAGCAUUCAUCAUUACCAAGCUUGGUAUGUUAUCUUUGCCUUCAUAUGAACAUGUAACACUUAACUGUCAACAGCCGCUCAAUAAACUCAUUAGUGAAUGCUGUAUGCUUAUCCAAGAUAACCUAGAAUUUAUCUUAAUGGAGAAGAACACGACAGGCGAAGUCAAAAUGAAUUACACCAACUAUGAGUGCGCUAUAGUAGAAUGUCAUGGUGUUGAGCUAACUAAAUGGCCUUUACCGGGGGGGUGA